GUUGAACUGGUUCUGUUGCCCAUUUUCUAGGAUUGGUAAUGCAUGCAAUGGGUAUCAUACAUUAUCCCUAAAUCCUCCCAAUCUGAAUCAUCACUAUCAUAUUCUUCUUCUUGUAAAGGAGUGGUGAGAAUUUAGACUCAGCAAUAGGCAAGGAUUUCCAUAGGAUCAAAGCCAUAUUGUUUACAGCUUCUGGAUUGGGAUGGGAACUGAAGUGGCAAGUGCAGAUGUGGGAGCUGUUGAUGGUGGGACAGCAAUUGGAGUGGGAACAGCUGGUACUAGAGAGGCAUUGUCUAGAUGUGGGACAACAACUGGUGUGGGAACAGCUGGUCCAGAAAGAAAGGGCCCCAUCUUCCUUUUCCAGACUGCUCCAGGCCCUCCUCUUUUGGAGGAGAGUGACCCAAACGUAAAUUCCCCCUGAAGGCCAAGCUUCUGCAGGAAGUUCUUCAUGACUGCAUAUGGUGGUCUACGAGCAAAUGUUCCUAUCGGAGCAUUGGUGAAUUUCUUGGAGAGUUUCAGAAUAUCUUCUUGUGUAAAGAAAAUUGAAGGACAACC